GGUAACUUAUUUAGUGUGCAGGUCCUGGUCCUUGGGUUCGGUAAGUAGCCUACUGUCUGCAACAAAGAACCCAGCGUGUAAAUUUGCGACUGAAAAUGAGUCACUUUUUUUCCCUCUUCAUGCUUUUGGGAGGCCUGUGUAUCUGUGCAAAGGUUGAAGCUCAUAUCGAUAUAGCCGUUCAGGCCUGCAAGACCAAUGACACUGAUCCCGAGGAUAUUCUGGAGCUGGAUGGAGAUGAGAUGUUUUAUUUUGAUUUUAAUAAGAAUGAUAUGGUGUACACAAUGCCGGAGUUUGCUGGCCAGUGGACCUAUCCAACCUGGGCUCAGCUGGCACAGGUACAGCAUCAGACUUGCUUAAGUGACUUGAAAGUGUCUGUUGAUGCCGGAGGUAGCCCCCCUGAGCAGAUAGAUCCACCCCAGCUCACAAUAUAUACCAGGAAUGAAGUUGAACUCGGUAAAAGCAACAUUCUGAUCUGCUCUGUGAAUAACUUCUACCCACCGCCUGUCAAAGUGAAAUGGACUAAGAAUAAUGUGGAGGUGAAGGAGGGAGUGACCCUGAGUCGCUACUACCCCAACAGUGACUUCACCUUCAGGCAGUACUCCACCCUCCAAUUCACCCCCCAGAAAGGGGAUGACUACUCCUGCACUGUGUAUCACAAGGGGCUGACUGAACCUGAGACCAGGUUCUGGGAACCAGAAUUUCAGGAUGAGUCAGACAUCGGAGAAACAGUAUAUUGCGGAAUCGGACUGACUCUGGGGCUGCUGGGAGUGGGAGCUGGAACCUUCUUCCUCGUCAAGGGAAACAACUGCAGCUGAGAAAGACAUUCAGGGUGAAGCAGUAACAGCUCUGAUUGGUCCAGUUAACAUGCUGAACUGUGUAAUUCAUUCUGACAUAACAUCCAAUCAGAUAAAAGGGUGCUUCAGUGAGUAGGGUGUGUAAUAGACUGGUGACAAAAGUAAUAUCUAUAUAUGAUGUAUGUAACUGGUUAAUAUGUACACAACUGAGAUCAUAUGGACAUGUACAUUAUUAAUAUUACUGAUUAUAAAAUUAAAAUUUUACCUAUUUCAUCAAUUAUAAAAAAAUGAAAAAAACUGUGUAUAUUAUACCCAAUCAAAAUUUGCCUAUGAUAUUUCUGUCUAAAUCUUAAAGAAGAAAAUAAAGUUGAAAUUUUAUGUUGGUACUUUAUUCCUUUCACUUGUAUUUGGUAUCAUCAGUGCUUUGUUUUGUAUUUAUUUGUUUCUGAUAACCAUAAAGGAUAAUUUUGAUGUUUUUGAUUUUAACAAUAUAUUUUUAGUCCUUUUAAAAGGAAUAUUCACAAUUUUGUACACACUUGUUCAGAGAAGUUUAUUUGAAUUGCAUCAGCAUAAAUUUAAGAUUAACAUUCCACACCUUUAAUCAUAUGAUCCUGUAUGUUUUUAAUAAAAAUCUUUUCUGUUUUUGAAUUAAUAUUGAUGACAUUAAAUGAAGAAAAACGUUGAUUGUUGACAAGAGAUUAGAAUUGUGUAUUAUUCUAUACAGUGUUUUUAAAAUAAAUAUUUGGAAUUGCACAUUAACAAAUAUGUAACUGAGGAAGAGCACUGUUACAAUGCUUCACCACAUUCAAAGGAUCCCUGUAUCUAAAUGCUGCUGUCCAAGUUUAAAGAUGUAUUGUAAAUUCA